AAUAGAAAAAGUAUGCCCACAGGAAGUCACUGACCGUAUAACACUCGCAAACAAGCGCUAAGGACCAUUCACUACUACAACACAUGCCAUCGAGCAAUCAGAGGAGGAGGGCUUGGCUCCUUCUCGCAGCCAGCAUAUCCAUCCAUGUCAUCCUCCUGAAUACCACUCGCCGAAUCGGUGGACGCACAUUACCAAGGAACGCCCCACUGUUGAAACGUUUUGUAGAAGGAGGUAUAUCUUCUGAUGAUGAUUCAAUCCUCGACUUCCCUUACCUUGACUGGUACAACGCACUUCCACUCACCUACAGACCCAUAUUCAUUCUAUUCCUCCUUUUCAUCCUCGCCUUUCUCUUUUCCUUUAUUGGAAUAUCAGCCGCCGACUUUUUCUGUCCCAACUUAUCCACAGUGGCGGCAUAUCUGGGGCUAAACGAGAGCACAGCCGGAGUCACCUUUCUAGCUUUCGGUAAUGGAAGCCCAGAUGUGUUCAGUACAUUCUCUGCCAUGAGUAGCGGGACACUGGGACUGGCCGUUGGGGAGCUCAUUGGAGCUGCUAGUUUCAUUGUAUCCAUAGUCGUCGGCUCCAUCGCCUUCAUCCGCCCUUUCCAUGUCCCUAAAAAUGCGUUUCGAAGGGACGUCAUAUUCUUCACCAUCGCCGUCUUGAUGCUCAUCGUCGCCCUCCAUGAUGGCCAUCUCACAUUUGCCGAGUCAGGCUCAAUGGUAGGCCUAUACGUGGUCUACGUUGGAGUUGUCGUCUCCGAAAGUUGGUGGAUGAGGCGGAUAAGGAGACGGCACGGGCUUAAACACAAGUUAUCAUCAAACUCCAUCUCUCAACUAAUCAAACCAGUGGUCGUGAACGGCCGUCUUAGUCCCCGACCGCCUUCGCCCAUGGAACACCCUUCGCCUGUCCCUAUCCACGCCGCCGAUCAGGAACAAGCUAUCCUCCUUACUCCUGAGAGCGAAACACCUACUCGACGACGGAGAUCAUGCUCUCAUUCCAACCUCAUUCCCCACCAUUAUUACAGCGAGCCUUUGGAUCUCCCUACACCACGAGCGAACAUGUCUCUCUUGGGUGCCGUCGAAUUCCGGGACGUUGUCAAUUCAUUAAGACGAGAAGGCUCAACUCAGUCAAGUACGAGGUCAAAUAGUCCUGGUGGUACACCUACACCAGGCGGUGGUAGAGAGAGGCCGGAUUAUUUUGGACCUGUAGGCCAUAGCCAUAGACGAUCGAUCUCUCAAGGACAUGCGUUCCAGCCGCAAACCAUAGGGAUGGAGAGAAGAACAAGCUCCAUGGGAAGAAGAAGGUCAUCCACUCACUCUGUCGAUAUUAUAGAUCGAGACCGCAGACGGACCAUCUCUGCCCCCUCUCCUAUCCCCGCAUCACCUCGUUCCUCAGAAGGGGAUGACCAAAUAAAGACACCGACUCCUGUAGGGUUAGGUAUAAGCUCUUCCGAGCUGAACCCUUGGUCAGACCAAACCGGUCACCCGCCUACUCCUUUAACUGGUUUUACCACCCCUUCGGAACAAACGUCUCCCUCAAACUCAAAACCCAGCUUAGCCAAGUUGAUCAUCCCUCAUAACAGUUUCUCCCACACACGCUCAUCACACAAACCACCUGUCCCUGCCAUAUCCAUCAUCGACCCUUCUGGACAUACCUCCUCCCCACCUUUACUCCUUACUCCUUCCUUAUCCUCCGCCACCUCGAGACGCCAAAAGAUUCACAAAAACAUCAAAAUCGCUCUUCGUAUUCUUUUCCCUUCCCUUCAAUCUUUCCGCCACAAAUCGGUACUCGGCAUGAUUCUCGCCACCAUGUCCGUCCCCGCCAUUUUGGCGCUGACGUUGACUUUACCUGUGGUGGAUGAUGGGAAUGAGAUGGAGCAAGGUGGGGUGAGGCUUGAAGACGGGGAUGAAUAUGGAGGUGGGGACGAUGGAGAUUUAAGCGGUGACUAUUUGGAUGAUGGAUAUGACCGAGAUGACGAUACCGAUGAAGACCAUGAAACGUAUGGACAUGGGGAAGGGGAAGAGUAUGAUUAUGAUCAAGGCGAAGAAGAAGCGGACCGAUUACUCAACCCUCAGAUAGGUGAAGAACUCCAUCAUCUCGUAGACCACGGUUUUUCCCCGCUUCAUUCUCCCCUAGGGAGGAUUUACCACGCUGCUAAGAGUCGGAUGAACCAGCAUGUGGAAUAUGGAGACGAGGACGAAGGGAAUUUAGGGUCAGGAGGCUUGAGCCCGGCGAGGAACGAAGAGGAGGAUGGCUAUGAAGAGGAAGAAGACUUUUUUGCAAGGGAAGAAGGAAAAGAGAUUGAUGACGAAUGCGAGGAAGCGUGUGAACAGGCAAUGGAAUUCAACAAGUAUCUCGUCGCGACACAAUGUGUCUUGGGUCCUGCUUUUUGCUGUUUCAUCAUGUUCAACAAUCAAACCUACUUCAAAUGGGUCAUGCUUGGAUCCUCCAUCGCCGGUCUGAUCGUCGCCAUCCCCGUCCUCUUGUUUGGCAAAGACGGGACAGCUCAACCAUGGCGUUUGGUGAGAUGUUUUGCAGGGUUUAUCUGCAGUAUGAUGUGGAUUGCUGCAAUUGCGGAUGAGGUGGUUGAUGUCCUGAGUACGUUGGGAGAGAUUCUGGGAUUGAGCGACGCAAUUAUUGGCCUCACCAUCUUUGCUGUGGGGAAUUCUCUCGCCGACUUAGUAGCCAACGUCACUGUGGCACAGUUUGCCCCAGCGAUGGCCUAUGCAGCCUGUUUUGGUGGCCCUAUGCUUAACCUCCUUCUCGGUGUCGGUGGUUCAGGUACCUACCACCUCCUCUUUUCCUCCCCGCAUUCACCCAUCAUUGUCGAUUUUUCACCGACAUUAUGGGUUUCAGCCACUGGCCUCAUCCUCAUGCUUGUGGCUACCGCCAUAUUUGUGCCUCUCAACGGAUACCUGAUCGAUAGGCGUUGGGCGGUAUGUCUCAUAGCAGGUUACAUCAUCCUGAUGACGGUGAACGUGGGCGUAGAGCUCAAGACUGGGAGAGAUUAAUCGACUUUUGAUGAUUGUACACGCCACGAAUGAUCAGAGUCUUGUUGUAAGAUACGAUUGGUUAUCGAGCAUAUGUGGUUUGAUAUACAUGGGAUGUUCUAUAUCACUGCAUGAAUUUGUG